GGGAGGCGACCCACCCGCCGGCCAGUCCCGGGGCCGAAAGUCGCCGCAGCCUCCGAGCCAGAGGAGAGGGGCCGCUUCCUUGGCAUUAUGUGGAUCCCGCUUUUGGCGGUGCUCACGGCCGGGCUCGUCUCCCUGCAGAAAUGCCCUCGAGGUCCUGCUGGCCCCCUUCUUGGGGUAGCUCGCUUGGUCGCCGCGGUGGUGGUGCCCGGCUUGUGCCAGCGCCCGGACAACAGGUGUGCACUGUCAAAUGCAGGAACAUGUACUAGCUGUCUUGCUGUGGGCCCAGAAUGUGGAUGGUGUACCCAAGAGGAUUUUAUGAUUGGAACAAAGGAACUGAAGGCCCGAUGUGAUACAGUUGUCCAUCUAAUUAACAGAGGCUGUAGAGCAGAUUUUAUAGAAAGUCCCAAAGUCAGUGUAAUGGUAUCAAGAAACGAAGCUAAUAUACAAGUGACACCGGGAGAAGUUUCAAUCCAGCUCCGCCCAGGAUCUGAAGCAAGUUUUAUGUUGAAAGUCCGCCCACUGGAAAAGUACCCCGUGGACCUCUAUUAUUUGGUUGAUGUGUCUGCAUCUAUGCACAAGAAUAUCGAAAAAUUAAACUCUGUUGGAUAUGAUUUAUCUCAAAAGAUGAAAAAUAUUUCCCUUGAUUUACACCUUGGAUUUGGAUCUUAUGUGGAUAAGACAGUGUCACCUUACAUUAGUAUUCACCCAGGAAGAAUCCAUAAUCAGUGCAGUGAUUACGAUCUUGAUUGCAUGCCUCCCCAUGGCUACAUCCACGUCUUAUCACUGACUGACAAAAUAGCAGAAUUCAGAAGUGUAAUUAAUAAGCAGAAAAUCUCUGGAAAUAUUGAUACACCUGAAGGAGGCUUUGAUGCUAUGCUUCAGGCAGCUGUGUGCCAGAGCCACAUUGGCUGGCGCAAAGAAGCAAAGCGGUUACUUCUCAUGAUGACAGAUCAGACUUCUCAUCUGGCACUUGACAGUAAAUUAGCAGGGAUAGUAAUUCCUAAUGAUGGGAACUGCCAUUUGAAAGAUAACGUGUACGUCAAAGCAACCAGUAUGGAGCAUCCAUCUCUUGGCCAACUUUCUGAAAAGCUCAUCGACAACAACAUUAAUGUAAUUUUUGCAGUCCAAGGAAGCCAAUUUCACUGGUAUAAGGAUCUUUUGCCUCUGCUUCCUGGAACGGUUGCAAGACAAAUAGAAUCACAAGCAGCCAAUCUUGGUGAUUUGGUGGUAGAUGCCUACAAGAAGCUACUCUCUGAAGUGAAAAUUCAGGUGGAUAAUAUAGACAAAGACAUAAAUGUCAAAGUUACUGCACUGUGUCCCGACGGAAGCAGAAAAACAGGCUUGGAAGGAUGCAAAGAUGUAAAAUCCAGUGCUGAAAUACUUUUUAAUAUCUCUAUCACCCUGAAAGAAUGUGGGACAGGUGACAGAAGGACCUAUGUGAUGGUAAAACCCCUUGGUUUCAAUGAAUCCACCAGAGUUAAUAUAAACAAAAGAUGUGCUUGUCAGUGUGAGGAAGGCAUAAAGUCAAAAAGGAUAUGUGUCGAUGAAAUGUCUCACGAUGCUCAAAUGUCCAACUGCAAGGGGAGCGUAUGUGGUUCCAGCGAUGAAGUCUCUUCUGAGCAAUGCAAGAUGCAAAAGGACCAUCUGAUUUGCAAUGGGCAAGGAGACUGCGUAGCUGGGAAAUGUAUCUGCCACAAAACCAAACUUGGCAUAAUAUAUGGCAAAUACUGUGAAAAGGAUGACUUUUCCUGCCCACAUUACCUUGGAAACUUGUGCGCUGGCAAUGGUGAAUGUGAAGCUGGCAAAUGCAAAUGCUUUGCUGGCUGGGAAGGUGAUCGCUGUCAGUGUUCAUUAUCAUUACAAAAGCACUGCAUUAAUGGAAAUGGCCAGAUCUGCAGUGGAAGAGGAACAUGCCUGUGUGGAAGGUGCAGGUGCACUGAGCCCAGCAGUUUGGGCCGCUUAUGUGAAUUCUGCCCCAAUUGCAGAACAGCUUGCAGUGACAAGCGGAAUUGUGCACCCUGUCACUCCAAUUCGUCUCAGAUGACACUUGACCAGUGCAAAACCUCAUGUGCUUACAGAGUGCAUUAUGUGGAACAAUCUUCAGAAUGCAUCUCUGAUGAUCCAAACCACUUCAGGAUAUUUUCCAUCAUCUUUAUAGUUACAUUUCUGAUUGGUUUGCUCAUUGUGCUUAUAAUCCGGCAGAUAAUUCUACAGUGGAACAAUAACAAAAUUAAAUCAUCAGCUGAUUACAGAAUAUCUGCGAAGAAAAAGGAUAAUACAUUCUUGCCUACUGUUUGUACAAAAACAGUAACUUACAGGCGAGACAAGCCUGAAGACAUAAAUAUCAACACCAGCAAGUUCCAAGGAAAUGAAACUUUUAGAUGCAACUCCUGAAGACUGUUUGCUUCAGCGUUUUUGGGUUCACGGUCAAGUAGUUUAUUUAAAGACUUUGCCUGAAAACUUUGGAUGUUUCUAGUUUUGAACACUGUAAUGAAAAACUGACCUGGAAGUCUAGUUGCACAACAACAUGGAUUCAAGUAGAGCUGCUCCAUCUUGGAAAACAAAUGUGCAUUAACUACUGAUUAACAGAAUGACAUUACCAAUUAGCUGAAUACAGAGAUGUUUUGAUUGGGAGUCAAUUCAGUCCCAUUUGAGGUCAGUAGGAUCAGAUUGGUUUAAAUUUGUUCUGGCUUAAGUGGACUUCAGAUCAGUUCACAACACCACUCUGCAUUGUAGCACUUUAAUGUAAAGGCAUUUUUUUUUAUUUGUGGCAUAGAAUGUUAAUCUAAACUGGUAUGAAAAAAAAAGCACUGGUCUCACUUUAGAGAUAGCUAACACAGGUUUAGUUUGUGGCAGGCAUUCUCAAACUGUGUUUAAAUGUAGUUAGUACAUAUCAGUGACAAAUCAGUUGUCAAUUCUUUGUCCUGUCCUGAGCACUGGGAGCAAGCAGGUGAGAGGAUGGGCUGUGAGGAUAUGGCUUAGGGGCCCCUGGAGAGAAGAAACUGCCAAUUUAAAGUCCUGCAGAAAAAAGUACCAUCAGUAAAUUACUACCAUCACUCCUAGAAUUGGCGAUUUAAGCCUCAAUUAUCUGUAUUGCACUAAUUUUGGAGGAGGCUGAAUGAAUGUGUUUUCAAAAAGAUGUUAAAGCUGCAGUUCAAACCAUCUUUUCUCUGAAGCAAUCCCUACUGAUUUCUCUGGGCUUGACCUGCAAUUAUCUUGGACUACAAAUGUUCAGGAGCUGGCAUGGGUCUGGGGGAGAGCUUCUUCCUCCUGGCAAUUAUGUACCCCUCCCUAGAGACACCCAUAUCCUGAAGAACCACUGCUCUGUAUGGAGUAGCAAGUCAGGUGAUAACACUAACUGUGGUGUACUUAAAAGAGCACCAGAUAAAGCUGCAAGCAUGAUUGCAUCCAAAGCACAUGUUGAUGACCGUUUUUUAUGCAUACCGACUGUUCUGAAAUUGUUGCUUCGAGGUCUUUCUAAAAUUUCUUUUUAAAAUACUGGAAUAAACAAUGGUUUAACCACUACUGGAUUUUUUAAAAAGUGGAUUUGUGUAGGGGUUUAUAGUUACUUAGGAAUAAAUUCUGUGCCAUCUAUUAUUCCAUAUAUUAAAUACAUUAGCAGAGCAACCCUGUAAUUAAAUCAGAGCACUCCAAGGUCAACAUGACCCAGAGUCAUUUCAGACCUGUGUCAUACAGCAGAACUUGGCAUGAACUGUGUUUUCCUUUUAUUCCUUCAUUUGAUAGCAGAGCAUCCCAUUUUUCUCCCACUGAGAAGAAUGGCGGAGAGAUCAGUUUAGACCCUAAAUAUUUUAGGCAUAUAGAUGAUACUCGGAAGGGCUUUGGAUCCUGUGGAUUCUUAGUCUCCCUUCCUCCCCUGUGCCAUAGCCUUAAUUAUUCUCUUCCUCCUACUUUCUGUUGUUGGAGAAAUGGAGGGCUGCAGGUCUUUUUGUAGGGGAGGAUCUGCAAUUGAAUAUCUGCAAAGAUUGGAGUCAUUUCUUCAAAUAACAAAUUAGGGGGUUUCUAAUGUGUUCUAUUGUUCCUGGGAUUCUGUUCCCUUAAAGAACUGAACUUAGUUUGACUAGUUUCUAUAUAUAUUUAAAUAUAUAUACAUAUAUUAAAUAAAUAUAUAUACAUAUAUUUAAAUAGUUAAAUAUCUAUAUACAUUCUGCAAUCCUGGUAAUAUUUUGUUACUGAAAUGUCAUCAAAUUAAGCACUCUGUCUCAACCAAAAACCUAACAUAAGCAGAGUUGCCUGCGAGUUGAACUCGACAGAGCAAACUUCUUGGUAGUCCUAUAAAGGAUUGCACUGUUAAUGUCUAUGAAUGAAUGGCACUUGAGUUAUCAUUUGACUAUGUUAUUGGAAAUUAUGUGCACAUGCAUCCCAUUCAGGGAGAUUCCUGUAGCAUUGGAAUAAAUAGGUGCAACUUGCACAUCUGGAACUGUGCACUGUGAUCCUGUGGACCUUUUGAAUUCUGAUAGAAAAAUUAUUUAAUUUUUAGAUUUUUUGGAAAUGUGCUCCACUGAGAAUAAAAUGCUCAAACUGCACAAUUGUAGCACUUUUAGGAUUGUCUAUUAUUCUUUAAAAAAACUCCAACAACCCCACAAUGUAAUUUCCAGAAGCAACCUAGCUGUUUUGAAUUUUUUUUAAAUUUCUUUCUCUCUCACCCCCAUUUUACAUAAUCUUGAAUGAAGGUACCAAAUAAGUUAAAUGUCAAUAGCAGCAUCCUGACAUCUGUAAUUUCUCCAUAAAAAUAUAAGAUUUUUUUUCUUUCUGUUUAUGUUGCCAUGAACUGUUUCACACAUAGAUAUUAUUAUAUGAUUUGAACAAAAGAAAAGGUCUAAUCUGAAAUGUAUAUUUUGCAGUUAUUAUUUGUCAUAUUUCAUGUGUGACAUCCUUUUUUAUAAAAGCAAAUGUGUGAGAGCUUUGGUUUUAUAGUUUCAGUGUUUAAUAUAUAGACUAGGAAAGAGAAGAUCUCAGAGUAUAAAUGUAAUUUCCCAUUCUUUGUUAUAAUCUUAAACACUUUGAAAUCACUGCCAUAACUUCCAUUGAAACUUAUUACAUAUUUUAUUUAAAAAGUAUUUUUGUAGUGUCCAUGACUAACUCUUUUAAAUUUUGGUUUAUUUAUUAAUUUGUCAUUUGACUACAUUGUGAAAUAGUUUAUUUUUCUAUGAAAGUUUUAGUAACUGUAACUGGAUGUUAAUUUAAUGCAAUAUUAUUGAAUGGAGUGUCAAACAUUUAAACAAAAAAUUUCUAAUCCAUUAAUGGAACUUUGUUAUACUAAUGUGAAUGUCUAUCUCAUUCAGUUUACUAUUUUAAAAAGUUUUCCUUAACAAAUAAAACAGCUUUCACUACAGAGGGCGUCGUCAGUCCCAUGAUAUUAUAAUUUUCAUGCAUAUCGCCAUUGACAUGAACUGAAUCAAUAUGAUUUUUAUACAUACAAAGAAAAGGCUUUUAAAAAAAACUUUUAGAAAUCUUUAGGUGUGGCUUCCAGGAGUUGUACUGGAGCUCAGAGCAACCAGAAGAGCAAAGAUUCAGAUUCACUUCUUGAGAAAAACAUGUGAUCUCAGUUUUAUGUGACAGAAUCUUUUUAAAUUUCAGUAAAUAAAUAAAUAAAUCUGCGUGGCUUUAUAGAGCAGUGAUUGUGUAUUUUUGCUGCUCUGUGGUCCCACUUCAGCCCUCUAGGCUUCCUUUCCUGUGACAUCACUAUUUAGAGGUUUCUGAAUUUUGUACUCUUUCUUCUUUAUUCCAAAUAGCUAAAAUAAA